UACAAGACAAGCUUCAGACCGACGCGUCAUCUGCGUCGGCUUUUAUUUAAUUUUAUAAUUAUAGUGACAAAGAAAAUUGUGAUAAGUGUGAUUUUAUACACGUCUUGGUGAUAUACAUUAGAUUUAAGACUUGUUAUGUUGUUGUUGAGCUGUGGAACACUUAAUGAGCUUACCUUGCCUGCAGUGCGUGCCAAGAGCCCCCGAGUCCCAGCCAUUAGAUUGAGUGGAGUGCCCCCUGUCUGCCCACACGUAGCCCCGCCGCCACUAUUCCGCGCGACACGGACACUUCCAGCAUGGAACUGGAGAAAGCCCCCGCUCUCCAUGAGGAGGACUCAAAAGUCACCCUCACCAUCAGACUGAUUAUGCAGGGGAAGGAAGUUGGCAGUAUUAUUGGGAAAAAGGGCGAAAUUGUCAAAAGGUUUAGAGAAGAAUCAGGAGCGAAAAUCAAUAUAUCAGAUGGAUCGUGCCCAGAGCGCAUCGUCACAGUCACCGGCAACACAAGCGCUAUAUUCAAAGCCUUCACACUCAUAUGCAAGAAAUUUGAAGAGUGGUGCUCUCAGUUCAAUGAAGGCGGCGGCGGCGGGUCCCGCGCGCCCAUCACGCUGCGGCUCAUCGUGCCCGCGUCGCAGUGCGGCUCGCUCAUCGGCAAGGGCGGCUCCAAGAUCAAGGAGAUCCGGGACGUCACCGGCGCUAACAUACAGGUGGCGAGUGAAAUGCUGCCGAACUCAACAGAAAGAGCCGUGACGAUCAGCGGGACGUGCGACGCCAUCACGCAAUGCAUUUAUCACAUCUGCUGCGUCAUGUUAGAGAGUCCGCCUAAAGGUGCCACAAUCCCAUACAGACCAAAGCCCAACGUGGCCGGGCCGGUCAUCCUGGCGGGAGGGCAGGCUUACACCAUCCAAGGAAACUAUGCCGUGCCUGCACAAGACGCGGUGUGCGCGCCGAUGUUCCCCCUGCUGGAGGUGAAGCCGCCGCUGGUGGGCGCGCUGCCGCCGCACCACCUGCUGCCCGCGCCGCAGCUGCACGAACACCACCUAAUGGGAGGCCUAGCCAAGUCGCCGCUUGCUGGCCUCGCGGCGCUGGGGCUGGGAGGCCUCGCGCCCACCAACACCGGGGGCCUCAACCCGGCAGGUAUAGGCAAAACACUGGCAGCGUUGGCGGGCUCGCAGCUCCGCACGUCGAACCAGUCCCGCAACCAGCCCGCCACCAACCAGCAGUCGCACGAGAUGACCGUGCCAAACGAGCUCAUCGGGUGCAUCAUCGGCAAGGGCGGUACCAAGAUCGCCGAGAUCCGGCAGAUCUCGGGCGCCAUGAUCCGGAUAUCCAACUGCGAGGAGCGCGAGGGCGGCAGCACGGACCGCACCAUCACCAUCUCCGGCAACCCCGACUCCGUGGCGCUGGCUCAGUAUCUCAUCAACAUGAGGAUCACGAUGGAGACGGCGGGGCUGCCGCUGCCCGGCUUCCACUACAUCGCUCCGAACCACAUCGUGAAAGCGCCGAUCCAUUGAGCGGGGCUCCUCGGCCAGGCGUCCGUCGCGUGCAAGCUCUACACCGACCGCGCGUACUACCUCCAGCCGCAGUACGGGACACUGGCUCCGAUAUAUUUCUUCAAGUGAGUGCGAAGACCAAAAUGAAUCUCUAAAAUGAGAGGGGAAGCAAUUGGCAAAACUAGAUACCUAGCUGAACGUAUGUUUACAUUUGUUACGAGUUUAUAAGUAUUUUAGAUAUUCUUAUAUUUAUUCUCCACUGUAUUUAAUUGAUUGUUCGGAGAGGUCGGUCAAGUAAUCGAUUAUGAAAGGUCGGCGUAAUUUUGGCAGUCAAAAAAUGUAAGCGACUGACGUUAAAAAUUGUGAGUAAUCCGUGAGCAGCGACGAUGACACAGCACUUAUUUUAUAGCGAGCGAUUGGUAUUUUGUUUUAACUUCACUGGAGCUCGCUGGUCACGGAUUAUUAAUUUAUUAUUAUAAUAACAAUGUAUGCAACAGGAUUUAGCUAAGCUGAUCGAAUUUACUAUGGAGUUAAGCGGUCAAGUAUUUGAAUUAUCUGUUAAAUUUAUUUUGUUAUGAUCAGUACUGACCACAAAUAAAUAAAAUGUUCAAAGUACGUUUAGUCGAGUGUCGGCGUAUAGUAGACGUAGAGCGUUAUCGACCUCGGACCUCGGACCCGCUGACGUAGCGUAGCGUAGCGUUAGAUUAGCGAACAGAGUGAGAGGGUUAAAGACAAUAUUUGUACAUAAAUAAUCGUAAUGACCUGGAAAUUAGGUAUUACAGUAACUGUUGCGCCGCUCGAGCGCGGCGCGGCGAUACGAAACCGAUGGGAUCAAAUCCUUUAAGAAACUUACAUUAAAAGCGGAGAUAGAGGCGAAGGAACAUUCAGUGCAUCAUGUAGUCGUCUUCGAUUACAAUCAGACGUUAGGUUUAUAAAAAUAGAGUUGUUAAAUGUGAUAGUCUUCUAAUUUAUUUUACAUUUGAAUAACUAAGAUCUCUGAAACACAUAAGCAAUGUGUGCAUCGGCUACCCGAAAAAUUAAGCGAAUAAAGCUAUAGGCUAGUCGAAUAAAUAAUAUUGGUCUAGGGAUCAAAGCCAAAGAUUGUUAAAGUUUGUUUAACAUUAAUAUUGUUGUGGAUUUAUGAUAAAUUAUUCUGAGAGUAUGUAGUUAAUGUUUAAAAUGUAACGUAUAAAAGUUAAUUUGAAUUAUUUUAUCACCCUCUCCAGACUGCUCAUCGUAUUUAGUCCUAGAUCAAUAUAGAUAGUCCUGUGGUAAUCGACAUAUUUCCAAAAAAAAAGUAAAAAAAAAUCUUAGGAUAAUUUAGGUUAAGGUAAGUAUAGGACCAGUGUAACAUCAUGCUUUCCAGUGAUUUUUCUGUCUUCACAGAAAUAAACAAAUUUUGUGCCACAAGAAAACAGAGAUACAGUGCCAACGUUUUAAUUUGAACUUGUAUUUCGUACGUAAAUAAGCAAUAUGGUAUAAGUUAAUUAUAGGCGUACAGUCAGUUUUAAAUACGUUUUAAUGAUUAGUGUCAAGUUAAAGCAAAUAUUUACAAAUGUAUCCACACACUAUUAAUUUAGCAUCGUAGGUAAUAAGAUUCACAAUUUAUUAGAUUUACAAUAUAGACUUGAAACAUAUCCCAAUAACAUAUUUUCCCUGUGUCUUCCCCUUCAGUAUUUCAGUAAUUAAUUAUAGAAAUUAAUAAUGAAUGAUUGUGCCAAAGUUGUGACUAAAAUUUUAUGUAUGGAUUUGAAUGUGACGGUAUAGUACUGAUAAAUUAAGAACAUUAUCAUUUUGUUGAUAUAACGGUUAUGCUAGUCAACUUGUUCUGAUGAAAAAGACAUUUUAAAUUUUAUAUAUUCUAGUCAAAAUUAUUUCAUUCUUGUUUUUGUGUUUCUAUAAAAUUAUCUAUUCUGUGUGGGAUUGCUUGAAGUAAAUUAAACUAGCAAUAAAUUUUUUUUUGAUAAAAUCAAUUAUAUUAUAGGUGUAAUGAGUCGCAAUUAAGACAAUGUAUAGAGCUUUGUACAUUAAGUACCACACAGAUAUUAAUAGGAUAAAUAGGUAGUAAUAGCUCUGGAAGGAGACGGUUGAGAAAAAACGUAAAGUUAAUAAAGAGAAGAGAUUUUUAUAGCUGUGAUUAAAAUUGGGAGUGUACUUUUGUGCAAAUGUUAGCGUCAGGCGUGCAGCGUCGAUGAAGGGAUGCAGGUGUAGGAUUAGUGCACCACGUGCACGUGUAGUCGCACGGCCACCGUACCGGCAACUUGCACGAGUUCACGGACAUUAUUUCGUGAGUCGAGGCUAGUCUUGGUUAGAACUCUAGUCGUAUGAGGCACACUGCGUCCACUCUAUGUGUAGACAAGUCCUGUAGUAAAGACUCGGGUAUCCGUUAUAAAGUUAUGUUUAAAAAAGUAGAAAAUCGUCUAUUAAAAUACUGUAUUUUGAAACAACCAGAUUUGAAAAUUGUUAAACAUUUGACUCUGCUCUAAAAUGAACUCGCGUAUCUGCCGAAUACAUGGGUAACUGAAAUGGAGUCUUAUAGGAGACGUCUAAAAAUACUGGAGUCUUAGCCAAUACUAGUCGAGACAGCCGACCGGUCCGCAGCACUGGCAGACUGUCAAUACUAGUCGAGACAGCCGACCGGUCCGCAGCACUGGCAUACUGUCAAUACUAGUCGAGACAGCCGACCGGUCCGCAGCACUGGCAGACUGUCAAUAACGUUUAUUCUGAAUAUUGCAAGAGCAAUUAGAAAAUAACGUUGAUUUAUCGUUGAAUUGUAAACAUUCAGUUUCUAUUAAUCAAGUACUAAAUAUUAUUUUAUACUCAUUAGUAUAAUCAUUGUGGUUCAUUAUUGUUGUUGUUAUUUUAAUUUGCUCAAUUUUAAACUUGUAAGAAUAGAAUCAAUAUGAUAUCAUAAUUUAAGUUGUUUCGUUGGUCUGUUAGCAUUUGUAUGUGCAAAAUUUAUUUGUAAGUUUUUACUUUUUUAUGUGUAUACUGUGGGGGCAGAUUUUUCUUAUUCAAAAGACAAAUGAAAUCACAUAAAACGUUUAAAUAAAGAUCUGUUUCUGCCCCUACUAGUUGCAGGUUGCUUAGCCAAAAACAUUAUUGUUAGGUAAAUGAAUUACUCUUAUCAUAAUGCCAUAUCAAAUAUACAAAGGUACUUAAUAUGUGUUGAUGCAGCAAACAGUACACUGCUACAGGUUCUAAAAAAUCUCUUUCUGGUUUAAGUGCGUGUGCUCUGCAGCUGAAGCACACCUGAACUAAAAGUUGGUGCCUUUUGUUCAUAGGUUUCGCUUGAAUAUUUUACUGAAUUCAGUUAAUGUUAUAACUUAGCCUUUAUUGACAGGGUCCGACAGCGCUGUAUUAUAGUGUAUUAAACUAAUAAAAUUCAAUUUUAGCAAAUAUUUAUAAAUGUAAUAGCGAAUUUCCUUUAAAUAUUCGUGUUAGCACCUGUAUUUUGAAUUUUAAAUGCACCAUUUUCAAAAUUCCCUCUUGUAUGGCUACUAGGAUGAUUUGGUUGUAAUAUAAUAUUGCCAAUAAAUAUUUACAAUACAUGUUGUGCGUCACAGAGGGAUCGUCUAAUAUGUAAAGUGCAAUGCUAUUAUUGGAUAUUUUGCUAGGUACUUGUAAAAUCUAAUCCGCAUACAGGGCUGAGACGUUUGGGUAAAAAGGGUUGUGUGAUUUGUUAUGGAUUUACAAAAUUCAAUAUUAUAUUGCUUCUUCAAUACCUUUUAGACUCCUCCUGGGUUGAAUUACAUUUAUUACUAUACUAAAUACUACACCAGGGUAAUAAUAAUACAUAACUGCACUUCUCUUCCACAAGCGGGACAUGAUUAUAGUUAAAAUGCUUAAAGAUCUAUUCUAUAACAACUUGAACAUUGCUUUAAAUCCUUAAUAAACAGACAAAAGCGAAAUAAAAUAAAACCCAGAUGUAUCCUUUGAUAAAAUGGUGACAGGCAUAGUCUCCUAGCGUAGGGUAAGCUGGUUGACAGUGGGUUGGUGGUGCACAGCAAUUAUCCCAAAUUCUGAGAAAACGCAAAAUAUUUGUAAUACUUUUUUCCGCAUAAAAAGUCCCCUUGGCAACAAGUUUUUACCAACCUAAGUAAAUAUUCAAUACAGUGAACACAACGACAAGGAGAUCUGUUAUAGUGAAUUUGCUGCGGUGGCAAAUAUUAACGAUUAUUAAAGUUUAAUGUGUUUAUCGAAAAUAUAUAACUGUAUGAAUUCAUUUAUAUAAUUUUUUUUACUAAUUUAAUAAGUACUUCUACGUGACAUUGAUUUAUAUUUUGACUCAUUGUUUAUUUUUCUAAUUUAAAUUUAUUUUGUAAUUGAGGCCUGGGUCAACAGUGGAUCGACUGAAUCAGGUUGACCAGGAGGUUGGUCAAAGCUCGCUUAACCCUGGCAACCCUGACAUGACAAAUGCAUUUUUUUAUAGCGAAUAAGUUAAUUUUGCUUUAACACUGCCUAGAGAAAUUUCCUAAAUAUGAAAACAUUGUAAUAGAUAGGAGCUUUAGAAAUUUUCUAAUUAGGAUGUUUCCUCAUCUGAAAUUAGAAAAUUUAUAAUGUCAAUUUUUUUUACUAUGUAGUCUAUUCAUUGAUCAAAUAUUUAUUUUCAAGAAGAUCGCAAGUCGUUUGAGCAUAAUAACCGACGAGUCCACUAAUUUAGUGUACCUACCUCCUGUUGCACGGUGAGUCAAUUCCUAUUUUUCAUUAAAGCGUUACUGGCACCAAAUGGUUAGAAAUUUAGAUUUUGAAGUACAACAUAAUGAAACUUCAAUAAGUUACGUCUACGCUAGUUCACAAAUCAAAUAUGUAUCACAGUUAUUACUCAAGAUACGGGCAUUAGAAAAUGGAGUGAUCCAGUGUCAACCAUCUUACCCUAUACGAUCAAAGGUAUACAUGUAAAAAUGUGAAUGAUAUUAUUUAUCCUUGGACAUAUUCCAUGUGCGUUAUAUGAUUUGGAUGGGCUAUGCCAACGUCUGUUUUCAGUGUACUCUUUUAGUAUUAAUGCUAAUGGUAUUGACUGAGUAUAAUUAAGAAAAUCAAAAAUGCUAAAUAAUUUAUCUCGUUCUGCAAUUCGAGUAAGCAUUUAAUUUGUUGUCAUUGUCACCAAUGUCGUGAAAGCACUAGCUGUACAUCGUUCGACUUGAAUAAUGAGAGUUUUCAGAAGCAUAAGGGGUGUAAUUGCAAAGUUCGACCAUAUCAUUGGAUUCUGCAUUAAUCUAUUGUUGCCAGUAACUUGAAUAUCUCACUGCAUGAAUGUUACCAAACUCAUCUGACAUUGAUAAAACUGCGUUGGUCGCUCUCUGUGGAACUAAGUGGUUCAUCUGUAGAAAUCUCUAUAGCCUUUGCAAUAUUCGAGUUGGACGAACUUGAAUUUUUGCUAUUUUAGCCCUGAUCGUUUUAUUACUGCCACAAACCUGUGCGGUUCAAAAAUUCUCAUUAACGGACGAUAUGACUAGUGUUAACAUGCCUGGUAGAAAGGUAAACAUAUCUCGCACACAAACAGGGGUAGGUGUGAAGGUGGGCCGGGACACGCGUGUUCCGCUCUUGCCAGUUAGAUGUUCACUCUUAAACUUCGUAUCACCAUAUUUGUCGACAUAUCUAAUCGUUUUGUGAAUUGUUAAUAAAUUUUAAUGUACUUACGGUUAGGUACAGUAUACUGUCAUGAGGUUAAUUUCAAUAUGAAAAAGUUUGUUUCAUUAUGUUAAUUCAAUAAAGUGUGUAAAUAUUAUUGACUUUCA